AUGGGUAUUUGUGAAGGGUACAAGAUGAUCUGUGUGAAAGUCAGCAAGGGGUUUGAGAGUGUCCCUCUCCAAUGCGAAGUGGAGGUUGAGGUGGCUGGCAACUUGAUCCUUUUAUGGCUGUUGGCUACUGCCUCACCCCCCACCCCCACCUCAGCACCUCCCUCCAGCCCCCAACACCCCCCAGCAUCUCGCUCCAGUCCCCAGCAGCCCCCAGCACCUCCCUCCAGCCCCCAGCACCACCCUAGCACCUCCCUCCAGCCCCCAACACCCCCAGCACCUGCCUCCAUCCCCCAGCACCUCCCUCCAGUCCCCAACACUCCCCAGCACCUCCCUCCAGCCCCCAACAUCCCCCAGCACCCCCCUGCAGCCCCCAACAUCCGCAAGAACCUCCCUCCAGCCCCCAACACCCCCCAGCACCUCCCUCCAGUCCCCAACACCCCCCAGCACCUCCCUCCAGCCCCAACACCACCCCAGCACCUCCCUCCAGCCCCCAACAUCCCCCAGAAGCCCUCAGCACCUCCAUCUCUCCACAGCUGA